GAGAGAGAGAGACGCACCCUGUACGGAUGCACGCUAGUUCAGCUUUUGUUCGCCGGUGCGCUCGCGCGUCUCAGAACGGGUUUCAGCACUACGGUGAAUGGGAACAGCGCUCGUGCGGUCUGACUCGCUUUUGCGACAUCCUCGAGGAGACGCGUCACGCGCGUGUGUGUGUGUGUGUAAACGGGAGCGAGGCUGCGGGGAGGGGAGGGGAGGGGGGUUGUAAAGCGGGACCGCAUGCUGGAGCUUGGGCUCGUCCCGGACACUUUACUCCCGGACGCCGAAGCUCGCACGACCGUGCGCCGGCUCUGACGCGUGAUGGCGGAGUGCGGGCGGAGGGCGCUGUCGCUGCUCGAGGCGGCCCGCUCGCGCUACGAGAGCCUGCAGAUUUCGGACGACGUGUUCGGCGAGUCGGGAGACGACAGCAGCGAGAACCCGUUUUACAGCACCACAGGCGACUCCAACUCGGACAGCUGCCCGGAGGCGGGCGAGAGAACGAGCGGCGCAGGGGCCGGCGGCACGCGCGCUUCCUUCGGUGCGGCCUCCGGUGGACAUGCGGAGCUCAAAGAGGGAGAAGAGGAGGACGGAUGGAACGAUGCGUUACUGGACACUGACACCCCCCACUAUAAAGACACACACGGUCCCACACAGAAAAUGCCGGCCACUGCCACAGCCAUGGAUUUCUUCCAGCUCUUUGUACCUGACAACGUAAUUCAGAACAUGGUGACUCAGACCAACAUGUAUGCUAAGAAGUACCAGGAACGCUUUGGCAGUGAUGAAGGCUGGACCAAUGUGACGCCGGCUGAGAUGAAAGCCUUCCUGGGCUUUGUGAUCUCCACCAGUGUGCACCGCUGUGAGUCCGUGCUGAGCAUCUGGAGCAGCGGCUUCUUCAGCAACCGCAGCAUAGCCCUCAAAAUGAGCCAGGCACGCUUCGAGAAGAUCCUUAAAUACUUCCAUAUCGUGGCCUUCCGUUCAAGCCAAGGUGGCAACCAGGGUCUUUACAAGAUCCAGCCCUUCCUGGAUUCACUGCAGCAGAGCUUCGGGUGUGCCUUCCGGCCCUCACAAACACAGGUUCUGCAUGAGCCGCUGAUCGAUGAGGACCCUGUGUUCAUCACCACAUGCACAGAGAGAGAGCUGCGCAAGAGGAAGAAGAGGAAGUUCAGCCUGUGGGUGCGACAGUGCAGCUCUACUGGCUUCAUUUGUCAGGUUUAUGUACACCUGAAGGAGGGCUCUGGUCCAGAUGGCCUUGAUACACUGAAAAACAAACCCCAGCUCCACAGUCUGGUGGCCAGGCAGCUCUGUCAGAACCUGUCUGGACGUAACGCCAUCAUUUUCACCGGUCCCAGCAUUUCCAGUCUCGGCCUGUUCCAGGAGUUUGAGAAUCAAAAUAUUUAUUGCUGUGGGCUGCUCAGCACCAGAAAGAGUGACUGCACCGGACUGCCCACAUCUAUGCUGCGUAACUCUGAGGGCCCUCAGCAGCGUGGCCAGUCUCACAUCAAGAUGAAGGGCAAUAUGUCACUCAUCAGCUGGUACAACAAGGGCAACUUCCGAUUCCUCUCCAACGCCUACUCACCAAUCAAACAAGGUGUAAUCAUAAAAAGGAAGAGCGGCGAAAUCCCGUGUCCUCUGGCUGUGGAAGCUUUCGCUGCACACCUCAGCUACAUUUGCAAAUAUGAUGACAAGUACAGCAAGUACUUCAUUUUCCACAAACCCAACAAGACGUGGCAGCAGGUCUUCUGGCUCACCAUCAGUAUCGCCAUUAACAACACCUACAUCCUCUACAAGAUGUCCGACGCCUAUCAUGCUAAACGCUACAGCCGCGCACAGUUCGGCGAGAGGCUCGUGAAGGAGCUACUGGACUUGGACGACUGCUCACCUACAGAGUGAAGUGACCGCAUGCUGUCUAACACAAAUUCACCCAAACACACACACAGCCAAUCACGCAUAGACUGUGACAGCUCUCGGCCAGGGGCUGUUAGGCUCACGAUAAAGACAUUUCCACGCGUUGUAUCUGUGACAAAUCAAAUCGGUGCCAAGUGUAUUUAAAUUCAGUCUCUCCGUUAUCAGCCUCACUCCUUCUGUACACCACAGGACCCUGUAUAUGAGCCAUUCCACUGUCUGUGUUUCCUUCUGCUGCAUGACGAAUGUGAGCGUACGACCCUGUAAAUGUGUAAUGAUUUUUAUGAUAGUGUUUGUGUAGAUUGAACCCCGUGGUAAACUGUUUUGUGGAUUUGCUUCUGUAUGUCACAAGAACUUGCAGCACUGAUCAAAUAAUAAUAAUCAAAAUAAUAAUAAUUAUUAGUAGUAAUAAUAAACACAGCGAUGAAAAUUU